AUGACUCACGAAUACCUAGCCAAAAUAAUCUCAUCCGACCCGGGACUACCAAGGAAAAACCCCACAGCGCCCUACUGGCAAAAAGACCCCCACCCACUAGCCAGCGCGCAAAGCCCCUCGCUCCCAGCAACCACCGAUAUAGCCAUAAUCGGCUCGGGAAUCACCGGAGCCAGCGUCACUAAGAUUCUCCUUGAACAGCAUGAUUCCUGCAACGUGACUGUCCUCGAAGCCCGCACGCUUUGCUCGGGCGCGACGGGGCGUAAUGGCGGACAACUCGCAAUCAAUGCUGCGCAGAUAUAUGUAAAGCUUAAAGAGACUGUUGGUGCAGAGAUGGCGGGGAAGAUUGUGCGGUUCAAUAUUGAGACGCUUCGUCGACUGCGUGAGGUGGCUGCUGAAAUAGAUGUGGUGGAGUAUGUGGAAUUGACGGAUGUGGUGAAGCUGCGCUGUUAUCAGGACAGGGAGUCCUUUGACCAUGUUAAACGGGGUAUUGCAGAGUUGGAGGCGGAUCAUACGGAUCUCAAGGGUAUAUACGAUAUCCUAGAUCUGCAGAGAUGCGAGAAGGAACAUGGAGUGUUCGGUGUCGUGGGCGGCGUCCUACACCCAGCAGGUACUAUAUGGCCGUACAAAUUAGUGACUAGAGUAUUCGAGGUGCUAGCAAAGAGGUUUCCCACCCGUCUGGCAAUCGAAACAGGCACUCCUGUUUCCGGGGUCAUCUUCGACCCUUCGACAGACAAGUACCCGUACCGACUGAGCACACCGCGCGGAGAAGUUCGAGCCGCUCAAGUCGCAUACUGCACGAAUGGAUAUACGGGCCAUCUCCUGCCGUCUCUACGAGGUUCAAUAUACCCGCUCAAGGGCACAAUGACCGUCCAGGACAUGGGGGCUUCGCAUGAGAAUAAGGGCGACUCGACAUCAUGGGCGGUUCAUUACGACUCAUGGAUUGACCCAAAAGACGAGACGUUCGCAGAUGGGCUGAUCUACGGCAUGCAGAAUGUUAAAACUGGGGCUAUGUUCUUCGGUGGGCAGAAGUCGUCUAUGGCGGAUAUGUUGACGGCUGAUGAUAGCGACCUGUCUUCGUCGUCUGUUUCAUACCUGCAGGAAUCGGUCUCAUCACUAUUUGGUCAUGAAUCUAAGCCUGAUCGAGAGACGCCGUCUAUUGUCAGCUCUUGGUCUGGCAUAAUGUGCUUUUCCUGUGAUCGGAUGCCCCUGGUUGGGCGGUUACCUUCGUCACUCACACAUGGCGACGAACGAGGCGAGUGGAUUUGUGCUGGCUACUGUGGUUACGGUAUGCCCAGUGCGUGGCUUGCUGGGGAGAGCCUUGGGCAAAUGAUACUGGGACGGCCACCGCAAGAUGUCCUACCGGAGGCAUAUCUAAUUACGCAGGAGCGGCUAGAGAGGAUGUCCCCGAAGAAGAGUGUAGAGCGGUUGCAUGAUUAG